AUGCUUGAUGAAAGCACAACGUCGAGCGAGCCAAAUUUUAAGGGAAUGUAUAACUAUGUUCACAUCGAUGAGAAAUGGUUUUACAUGACAAAGAAGGAGCAAACAUAUUACCUGCUCGACAAUGAAGAAGAUCCUCACCGUUCGUGCCAAAGUAAAAAUAACAUUGAAAAAGUCAUGUUUCUAGCAGCCACGACUCGUCCUAGAUUUGAUGGUGAAGGAAGGGUAGUAUUUUCAGGCAAAGUUGGAUGUUGGGCGUUUGUAACAGAGCAACCGGCCCAAAGGAGUAGCAGGAACAGGCAAGCUGGCACGAUGGAGAUGAAGGCGAUCACAUCUGUUAGACGAGAGAAUGUGAAAGCGGUUUUAAUUGAAAAGGGAACCGUUCGAUUGGAGGUGGAUUGGAAGAGCUUUAGAUGA